UCCUAAUUUUUCAGAUCUCUGUAUCUCAAUUGUCUUUCUUCUCUACGAGAACAUCUUUCAUCGUCUUCGCUAGUCGCCAAUUGACAUGGCUAUGGCGAUUAGGGUUUAUCUCCUCUUCUUACUCUCCCUCUCUUAUUCUUUUUUUGCUUUCGCUCUCUACGAAGAUCAAGUUGGUUUAAUGGACUGGCAUCAGCAAUACUUAGGUAAAGUAAAACAAGCUAUUUUCCACACUCCAAAAGCUGGAAGAAGGAGACUUGUUGUUUCCACUGAAGAGAGUGUUAUUGCUUCUCUUGAUCUCCGUCGAGGAGAGAUUUUUUGGAGGCAUGUGCUUGGAGAGAAGGAUCCAAUUGAUCAUAUUGAUAUUACGCUUGGAAAAUAUGUCCUUACACUCUCAUCAAAGGGAAGCAUCCUUAGAGCAUGGAAUCUUCCUGAUGGGCAGAUGGUGUGGGAGUCCUUCCUUGCUGUCAAGAAAUCAUCAGAAUCUUCAUUGUUGACAGUGAUUGAUUUGAAGAUGGAGCGUGAUAAUGCAAUUAUUGUCUAUAGUAAUGGUUGCCUCCAUGCAGUUUCUAGCAUAGAUGGACUAGCCCUGUGGAACUUAGAACUAGAAAGUGUUGUACUUAAACAGUUAAUCAAGCCUGUGAAUGGUGAUGUCAUGUAUGCUGUAGGAGUAUCAGGUGAUUCUAAGUUACAUGCCUAUGGAAUCAAUGUCAAGAAUGGUGAGUUACUCAAGCAAGAUGCGGUAGACAUUCCUGGUGGAUUCUCUGGGGAUAUAUCUCUUAUUUCCAGUGAGAUAUUAAUAGCCCUGGAUGCUCGGAGAUCAUUACUGGGAAUAGUAAGCUUAAAAGAAGGAAAACUCAGUUUUCAACAGGAAAAUAUUUAUGAUCUUGUUCCUGAAUUUUCUGGGAUGGCUACUGUAUUACCUUUAAAACUCGAGAGGAUGUUUUCCAUAAAGUGCAAUUCCUAUAUUGUAUUUUUGAGAGUUAAUGACAAAAACAAGCUAGAAGUUGUGGACAAAAUUGAGGAUUCUGCAGCUGUUAGUGAUGCUCUUUCAUUCACUGACGAGCAGCAAGCUUUUGGAAUUAUUCAACAAGGGGGUGGUAAAAUUCAUUUCACUGUGAAGCUUGGUCAUGACUAUAGUGCUGAUCUUCUUAAAGAAAGCAUUCAGAUCGAUCAGAAUCGAGGGCUUGUUCAGAAAGUUUUCAUAAAUAAUUAUAUUCGCACCGAUAGAUCUUCUGGCUUUAGAGCAUUAGUUGUUAUGGAAGAUCAUUCUUUAUUAUUAUUACAACAAGGUGAUAUUGUUUGGAGUAGAGAAGAUGGGCUUGCUUCAGUUGUAGAUGUAACUACUUCAGAGCUACCCCUGGAAAAGAAAGGUGUAUCAGUUGCUAAAGUGGAGCAAGGUCUUGUUGAGUGGCUAAAGGGACACUUUUUGAAGCUUAAAGGGACUCUGAUGCUUGCUAGCCCUGAAGAUAUGGCUGCCAUCCAGGCACUGAGGUUACAGAGUUCUGAAAAAAGCAAAUUGACCAGAGAUCAUAAUGGCUUCAGGAAAUUGCUUAUAGCGCUGACUAAAGCUGGAAAAGUUUAUGCGUUGCAUUCUGGAGAUGGGCGAGUAGUUUGGUCCAUUUUUCUGUCGAACUUGCGGAAGUCUGAAACAUGUGAAAAUCCUGUCGCUCUUAAUCUAUACCAGUGGCAGGUUCCUCAUCAUCAUGCUUUGGAUGAGAAUCCAGCCAUUCUUGUUGUUGGCCGCUGUGACAAUGUAGUUGAUGCACCUGGUAUUCUUUCAGUUGUUGACACUUACUUGGGGCUAGAGCUGAGCUCACUGAGCUUAACUCAUUCUGUUGUUGAAGUCAUUCCCUUGCCGUUUGCUGAUUCAACAGAAAAGCGUCUUCAUUUAAUGGUAGAUGCAGAUAGAAAUGUUCAUUUAUACCCAAAGACUCCUGAAGCCACCACCAUAUUUGGCAAAGAGUUUUCUAAUAUGUACUGGCACUCUGUUGAUACUGAAAAUAACAUGUUGAGAGGCUUCACAUUACAUGCAAAAUGCAUGAAUGGUGAUGAAUUUUGCUUCAGCUCAAGGGAUCUAUGGUCCAUUAUACUCCCUUCUGAUUCAGAAAAGAUCAUUGCAACUGCUGCAAGGAAAACAAAUGAGGUAGUUCACACUCAAGCAAAGGUGAUGGCAGACCGUGAUGUGAUGUAUAAGUAUAUAUCCAAAAAUCUGUUAUUUGUUGCCACUGUUGCUCCAAAAGCUGCUGGGGAAAUUGGAUCAGUGACCCCAGAUGAGGCAUGGUUGGUUGUGUACCUCAUAGACACUGUGACUGGUAGGAUAUUACAUCGUGUGACGCACCAUGGUGCACAGGGUCCAGUCCGCGCAGUUUUCAGUGAGAACUGGGUUGUCUACCACUAUUUUAAUCUCAGGGCUCACCGUUAUGAGAUGACAGUCAUUGAGCUAUAUGAUCAAUCCCGAGCGGACAACAAGAAUGUUUGGAAGGUGAUCAUUGGAAAGCAUAAUCUGACCUCUCCAGUUUCUUCUUAUUCUCGACCAGAAAUUAUGACAAAGUCACAAUCUUACUUUUUCACCCAUUCUGUGAAAACUAUAUCUGUGACCUUGACUGCAAAGGGAAUAACAGCAAAGCAGCUUCUUAUAGGAACUAUUGGUGAUCAGGUUUUGGCUCUUGACAAGCGGUUCCUUGACCCUCGCCGGACAGCAAAUCCAACCCCAACUGACUUGGAAGAUGGAAUUAUACCUCUUACAGACUCUCUGCCUAUCAACCCUCAGCUGUAUGUGACUCAUGCACUCAAAGUAGAAGGCCUUAGAGGCAUAGUUUCCGUUCCUGCGAAGCUAGAGUCCACUACGCUCGUCUUUGCUUAUGGAACUGAUUUGUUUUUCACUCGCCUCGCUCCCUCGAGAACAUAUGACUCAUUGACUGAAGACUUCAGCUAUGCUUUACUUCUCUUAACCAUUGUUGCGCUUGUGGUAGCAAUCUUCGUCACCUGGAUCUUAUCUGAGCGGAAAGAAUUGAGAGAUAAGUGGAGGUGAUUUUUGAGCAUUGAAUAUUUUUUAAAAUGUUUUUUGCAUUUUCUUUGAACAGUAUCACACUUUUAACUUUUAGAAAAUUUUGUAACAUUAAUUUAUUUUUCUUUAUGUAAAUCUAGAAGUACUAAAAUUGUUUUUAGAAGGAUUAGCUAAUGCUUACUCAUAUUGUUGAACCAAGUUAUAGCCAGAAUCAUUUGGUGUUUGGCAAAUGGCUAACAACUUGUAGCUGAUUAGAGUAAACGAGUUGAUCGAUUGA